AUGCUCACCACUCUCAAAAACUCCACAACAAUGUUCACAUAUUAUGUCGAACAUUAUGAGGAAUAUUUUGGAGGGCUGAACAGAUUUCGUGUCGAUUGGUGGAUGGUGGCCGUUGUUAGUUUUGUGGCGUAUUUCUUGUUGAAGCGGUUGUUUUUGGAGCGUCUUUUUGUCAACUGUGCUGGCAGAUGGGUUUUAGUCACCGGAUGCGAUUCCGGAUUUGGACGACGAACAGCAUUGAGGCUAAUUUCCAAAAAUGUUAAUGUUUUUGCCGGGUGCUAUACCGAAAAGGGCAAAACCGACCUGGAAGCCGAAGCAAAAGCGCUAAAUCGAGGAAAAUUGCACGCAAUUCGAUUGGAUAUUACCAAGGCUGAGUCGGUGGAUGAGGCCUACAAGACUGUACGCGAGGUGUUGUCAGAGCACAAUGCGUCCCUUUGGGGGCUCGUCAACAACGCAGGGAUAUUUUCGAUAUUUGGCCCGGAUGCCUGGUGUAGCGUUGAUGAAUACAAGCUUUCACUCGAUGUGAACACGUUGGGGGCCGUAAGGAUGUGCCAGAAAUUUAUGCCGCUCAUCAAGCAUUCAAGGGGCCGAAUCGUGACGAUGGGUUCAUCGGCCGGGCGUAUCCACGGCUUAUUCGUUGGCCCGUACGUGACGGCCAAAUUCGCCGUUGAAGCUUAUAUGGAUUGUCUCCGACUUGAGAUGCGCCAGUUCGGUGUUUCGGUGCACAUCCUUGAGCCAGGCGCGUUCAAGACCGAUUUAUUGUCAGAGGAUGCACAGAAUCGACGUGUGGAUACGAUCUGGGACAAGCUGUCGGAAUCUGUAAAGGUUGAAUAUGGCGAGAGUUACAAGGAGAAUUUCAAACAAGCUUGGCACACCGGUGUUUCCAUCGUGGCGAAUCCAAAUCUGGACUGGGUUGUCGAUAACUACUGUCAUGCACUGUUUUCCAGAUGGCCCAGGAUGCGCUACUACACUGGCUGGGAUGCGAUAUUUUGUUUUAUUCCGCUCAGCGUGUUUCCUACAUAUUUGCAGGACACAAUCCUCUCAUUCUUCUAUUCCCUCCAACCGGGCCCAACCCUUAUUCCCGAGGCACUCCAGAUGAAAACCAAAGCAAUU